AUGCAGUUGGAAACUUUGAAAAUUAAGAAUUGUGAUGAACUGAAGCACAUAAUAAUAGAUACUGGAUAUCAUAACAUUGGUGGCAACAUCUGUGUCAAUGUCUUCCCAAAAUUGAAAGAGCUCUCUGUUGAAGAUUGUGCUCAAUUGGAAUACAUAUUUGGACAUGACACUAGUAGUGAUCAUCAAAAUGAUAUGGGGAUUCAGCUUCAUCUUCCAGAAUUGAGAAAACUCCAUCUUGCCAGUCUGCCAAGUUUGAUCGCCAUGUGUCCCAAACAAUAUCGAAUAACAUAUCCUUGUUUGAAAUAUCUUUGUAUCUGGAAAUGUUCCCAGGAUAAUACAAUCAUUAAGGAAUUGAGUGGGAACAUUGAUCUUUUUCUCACUUUGGAAACACUCACGGUAUACAAUUCCAAUGUAGAAAAUAUAUUUUCCCUGAAUGAAAUUGAUGAACAGCAACUGGACUUAGCUUUGCGAUACAUUUUCUUGAUUGAUCUGCCUAUGAUGACUUGUCUUUUUGUGGGUCCCAAAUAUUCAUUUGCCCUCACAAACCUUACACGCAUAACAAUCAUGCGAUGUGACAAAUUGAAAAUUGCAUUCUCCACUUCCAUUUUAAGAUUUCUACCACAGUUGUUUUAUUUAACAAUAGGAGAAUGCAAAGAGUUGGAACAUAUUAUUGAAGAUCAUGAUGGUUUGGAGAAUAAAAACAAUUCAACAACAUGCUUCCCAAAGCUAGAAGGACUUGCUGUUAUAAAGUGCAACAAGUUGAAAUUUGUCUUUCCAUUCUCUGUAUGUAAAGAGCUUCCGAAGCUAACUUUUCUGAUGAUAACAGAAGCAAAUGAGUUAGAGAAAAUAUUCAAAAGUGAAGAUGAUCAGAAAGUUGAUAUUCCAAAUCUAAAUGUUUUAGUAUUUGAUAUGCUGCCAAGCCUCUGUUGUGCUCAGGGAAAUCAAUUCCAGACUGUAAAAAAUCGCUUCAUGCGGGAUUGUCAACAAAUCAAACUGACUUCAGCAUCAACAACCAACACCUUCAUAGAAAUUGAAAUUGAAAAGAUACGUUACAUCAUGGGUACCGUCAUAGGUACCGUCAUAGAUUAUGGUUUGUAUGAGAAAGUGGUAGAUCUAUUUAAUCAACCACGAAGUGCAGAAUCCACCAAAGAUUUUGAUACUGAGUCGAAUUUAGCAAGUGUUGAAAUUGUUGAAAAUGCUGGGAUUGAACAACUGCCAAGUGCAAAAAUCACUGAAGAUUUUGAACUACCAGUUGAUCAAGGGGAUCCUUCUCAAAAAGUAGAAGAUUUAGCAAUACUACCAACAAACUCAAAAAUUCAAAUGAAACAAACACCAAAGACAGAGCAUGAAUUUGUUGAAAAUGUUCCAGAUUUAGCAAUACUACCAACAAAAUCAGGAGAGUUGCAGAAUGAACAAUCACUUGGAGAAACUGAUACUACAUUCCAAUUUUCUCAAUUGGAGGGAUCAACAUCAGAAAAAACAGCAGUUGCAACUGUGUCUUCCAUUUCAAGAACAAAGAAUGAGCCACCAAUGCAAGUAGUUACAUCUAAACAAAAGGGUAUUGAGAUAGAAGGAACUUCUAAGACUAAUAAUGAUCAAGUUUCUCUAAAUGGCGAUGCUUUGAUGAAAGUAAACUCAUAUGUUGAGGAACAAUUUUCUAAGGAUGAUGAAAUAAUAGUUUCCAAAUCUGAACCCUCUCCGAGCAUCACAUCUUCUGUUGCAUCUAAAUGGAAUCCUUCUCAAAAAUUAGAAGAUUUAGCAAUACUACCAACAAAUUCAAAAAUACAAAUGAAACAAACACCAAAGGCAGAGCAUGAGUUUGUUAAAAAUGUUAUGGAUUUAGCAAUAAUAUCAACAAAUUCUGAAGAGUUGCUGAAUGAACAAUCACUUGGAGAAACUGAUACUAUCAUCAAACCUUCUCAAUUGGAUGGAUCAACAUCAGAAAAAACACCAGUUGCAACUAUGUCCACCAUUUCAGGAACAAAGAAUGAGCCACCUAUACAAGUGGUUGCUUCUAAACAAAAGGGUAUUGAGGUUGAGAUAGAAGGUGUUUCUAAGACUAAUAAUGAUCAAGUUUCUUCAAAUGGCGACGCUUUCAUUAAAGUAAACUCAAAUGUUGCCAGAUCUAAACCCUCCUUUCCUAGCAUCACAUCUCCUAUUGCAUCUCAGGGUAUCUUAUUGCUUUGUUUUAUACUUUCAGGUGACCCUUUUCUUGUCAAGAGGGAGCUUGAGGAACUGGUCUCCAAGAAUCAUUUGGAUUAUGAGAAUAUGUCUUUAUUAACUGAUUUUCUUGUUAGGAAUCCUUCUGUUCGUUUAAAAGACACUUCACUUGGUGAUAUAUACAAGGGUUGUGCCUAUAACUUCCUAGCUAAGCUAUUGAAAUUCCUCGAAACCCAUAGUUUGCUGGAAGUAUCAGGCUCGAGCCACUCUGAAUUUGUGGAGCUAUUACAAGUUGUGCGAAACUUUGCUUUUGAUAAGGAAUGGUUGGUUGGUGUCGAGAGGCGUGUUUUAUUUCCUGAAAUACAAGUAUCUCAAGAUGCCUUUGAAAAAUUAUUGGAUUCCAAGAAACGGGUUGCUAAGGAUGUUGAAGACUUGCGUUUGAAGAUAGAUUUUUUAAGUCAAGUGGCUGAAGAUCUUAAGCAUCAAUUGACAUCCUCUGAAGCUGUUUUGGAGAGUAUCAUUCAACAAGAGGCAAUUUUAAGUGCCCCUAUUGGUUAUUAG